AUGUGUCUCAAGGCCCUUGAAAAAGCAGGGUUGUGGGAGGAAUUUACGAAACAUGCUCGAUACGACGGAGAAGCCGUAACUAUUUGUGACAAAAAACUCCGAAAAUAUGUCCGUCUUCCCGGUGCGGAGGAAGAUUCGUCUCGCGGCCGUCCUGAAAUCGACCGGGCAGCCCUCCGCACGAUUCUGCUGGACUCUUUCCCCUCAGAUAUGAUUCGAUGGGGCUGCCACCUGCGUGCAAUCGACGAAGACCACAAUUUGAUCUUUGACCAUGGUGUCGAAACUGGGUUUGACUUAGUGGUGGGUGCUGAUGGUGCCUGGAGCAAAGUUCGCAAAAUGCUGUCAGCCCAGAAGCCAGUGUACUCCGGUGUUGGUGGGUAUAUGUUUAAUAUCCCCAAUGCCAAAGAGACAGCGCCAAAAUGCUACGAACAUACCAAUCGGGGCUCACUGUUCUCUCUGUCUGAUCGUCGGGCAAUUUUCAGCCAGCAGAUUGGGGAUGGUAGCUUAUAUACGUCUUGUUGGAGUCAGAGGUCUGAAGACUGGAUGCAGAAUGGCUCAUGUAACAUUCAAAGCCCUGAAUCCAUUGAAAAGACUAUCAGGGAAGAAUUUCAGGACUGGCAUCCUGAAUUGCUUGAUCUGGUGGUAAAGGGAGAGGAUGCUGUGGCUCGUUCAUUAUACAUGCUUCCUGUGGGUUGGUGCUGGGAGCAUCACCCUGGUGUCACAUUAAUAGGUGACGCCGCUCAUCUUAUGACACCUUUUGCUGGGGAAGGGGUCAAUUUGAGCAUGCAAGACGCCUUAAUGCUGUCACAGGCGAUUCUCAGAGCAACUGGCUCAUCAGCACCUACUCAGAAACUCUUGGCUGAGAUUAGGACUUUUGAGAACGAUCUUUUUGUGAGAGCAGAGCGGACAGCUGCUCAUACGAAGGAUAUGUUGAACUGGAUGAUGUUUACUGAUGGCACACCGCGGAGUACAAUUGACAAAUUUGCUCUACGCAUGAUGACUUUUCAUGAUAAGACUUUUCUCGAGCAUUUGAGGUACCCAUUGCUGGCUGCUUUGAUCAAGGGGUACUGUUUCUUGUACAACUUAUGGUAUUGA